AUGCAAGACAAGGCAUCGUUCAAGACUCUAAGAGCUAAUAUCCCAGAUAGAUCUGGAAAAUACAUGCAUGACCAAUUUCCGCCAUCAGUAGCUGACCAAAGACGCAAACUUGUCCCUAUAAUGCUGGCAGCCAGAAAAGACGGAAAGGAUGCUUAUAUGAAAUAUAACAAACUCUUUGUGGACGGCCAGAUCUACACAGACGGAAAGUUUAUUGAAAUCAUAAAUGUUGUCGCAAUGCCAUUAUUCACGAAGAUACGACAUAAAACUGGUAAACCUAAUCAUGCUUCGUUUGAAGCUAUCAAACGUGCAGCCUGGUUUGAUAAAGAGUGCUAUGAAAAGAAAAGGGUCUAUAUGGAAGCCGUUAAACGGUUUAAUGCCUUAAAAAGUGAUGAAAACCGUCAACUUUUAUUUGAAGCCAAACGUGCAUAUAAACUAUUGACUAUGAAUAAAAAGAGGUCGCACACGAUAACUAAAAUGAAAGACAUUGAAGGGCUAAAGAAGAAAAAACCGAAGGACUUCUGGAAAUAUUUUUCAAAGCGUAAGGCAAAGCGCGGGAAUAAUAUACAAGUUAAAGAUUUUCAAGAGUAUUUCCAAACGCUGUCGGAUGGUUUAAAUGGAUUCUCCAAUCCUGAGGCUGAACAGUUCUCCAAACGGCCAUCAGACCCUAGCGAUCCUAUAUAUGAGGAGCUUGACAAUGACAUUACUCCAGCGGAAGUGACAAAAGCGAUACAAUCAUUAAAACGAGCGAAAGCGGGAUCUCAAGACGGACUUAUUAAUGAAUAUUUUAUUGAAGCCGGAGAUAUAGUACUUGGCCAUUUGACCGAUUUAUUUAACCUUAUAUUAAAUAGUGGAUUUUUUCCAGACAGUUGGAUGGAAUCUAUCAUAGUACCCGUGUACAAGAAAGGCGACGAGGACCAAGUCACAAACUUUAGAGGGAUAACCCUUAUGAGUUCAAUGGCAAAACUCUUUACUAGCAUUAUUAACACUCGACUUAUGACCUGGGGCGAUACACAUGAAAAACUACCUGAUAGCCAAUUCGGUUUUAGAAAGGGUUACUCAACAGUGGAAGCAAUUUUCAGUUUAAAUUUCUUGAUUGAGCAUAUGCUAAACAACGGCAAACGCUUGUAUGUAGCCAUGGUCGACAUGAAACGAGUUUUUGACUCUAUUAACCACUCUGCGUUAUGGAAUGGUGUUCAGCUCGAGUGGAUCGUUCGCGUUAAAUCAGAAUAUGCUAACGGGAAAAGGCCUUAA